CUUUCUGCAGGAAACCUAGGUGGCGUGCAGAGCUCAGCUCAGAGGCUGAACUUUCCGAGAGCGCAGAUAAAGAGACGGGAGCGCAUCUCUGUCUCAGACACCUGAUGAGCAUCCCCCAGACAAACAGGGUACGGAACUUCUCACAACAUCUCAGUUUUUUGGAUUUUAUCGAAGUACCAAAACCAAAGGAGUCUUCUAAAUCUGGUAAAACACCUAUAGGGAACAGUGUUACUUUAUUAUUACUGGACUUUCAGAGAUGGCACUGUCUUUUCGACGCAGGUGUUUGCUUUUGCUGUGUUUGACAGCUAUCCAGAGUGGUCAUGCGUCCGUCCAGACGUGCAUGGAUAAGCACCAGGUGGUCGGGGUGCUUCGUCAAAUGGAGAAGUUUCUGAAAGGCCAGGAGAUACGAUUCACAGAGGGCCUCAGGAUCAUGAAGUCAAAAUUGGCAACGCUUCAGAACUCUGUCUCGAAGUUACCUCAAGCUGACCAGUCAGCUGCUCCCACCACCUGCCCCUCCCUGGAAGCCCCUGCUCACGGAACCAAGUUUGGAUCAAAGUAUUUUGUCGGACAUGAAGUCCAUUUCGCUUGUUCCCAGGGCUUCCAUCUUGUCGGUUCUGCCACGCGUGUCUGCCGGGAUAACGGCACCUGGACUGGCAUCAGUGCCAUCUGUAAAGAUGUAAGCGAGUGUGAAAGUAAUCCCUGCCAAAAUGGAGGUACCUGUGUGGAAGGGGCUAACCAGUACAAAUGCACCUGCCCCCAGAACUGGAGUGGCUCUCACUGUCAGCACCAAACCCAGACAGCACCACCUGAGUGGAGUGUUAUGAAUGAUCCAGCAUUCAGCCGAAGACCUCGCUGUGCCCAAGUGAACCGAGCCCAACACUGCAGCUGUGAUGCAGGCUUCCACAUGAGUGGCACCUCUGACAACAGUAUCUGUCAGGAUGUAAAUGAGUGUGAAGUGUACCGGCUGGACCAAGGAGGGAAGCUGUGCAUCCACGAGUGCGUGAAUGUCCCGGGCUCGUACCACUGCUCUUGCCCCAGCGACUACAAGUUGCUCCCAGACGGGCGGAGCUGUGAGGAUGUGGACGAAUGUUUAAGCCAGCAGCACAACUGCAGCCGAGGGACAACUUGUAUCAACAUGGGGGGAGGCUUUCAGUGUGUCAACCCAGAGUGUCCCCGUUCUCAUGGCAACAUCAGCUACGUGAAGACAUCUCCCCUUCAGUGUGAGAGAAACCCCUGCCCCAUGGACAGCCGCUCCUGCCACCUGGCUCCUAAGACCGUGUCCUUCCACUACCUGUCUCUGACCUCCAACCUGCAGACUCCUGCGACGCUUUUCCGUAUGGCGACCGCCGCCGCCCCAGGGCGCAGCGGGCCGGACAGCCUGCGCUUCGGCAUUGUGGGCGGAAACUCACGAGGGAUGUUUGUCAUGCAGCGUUCAGACAGGCAGACUGGUGAGCUGAUACUGGUCCAGCAGCUGCGCGGGCCGCAGGAGAUCAGCGUUGAUGUGGAUAUGUCUGAGUACAGCGACCGCACCUUUCAGGCCAAACAUGUGGCCAAGGUUAACGUUCUGGUUUCACCUUACAACUUCUGAGAGUGAGCUGGCGAAGGAGGAAGACUAGAGACAGAAAGGUGAAGAAGAACAAGGAAGUUUAAUGGGCACUGAGUUUCCUGCUACAGUUUCUUCAUCCCCUGACAGAAAUUCAUUUCAAAGGCCAGUAUUUGUUCAGUGGCCAAAGUACCAAAAGAGUGAUAAUGACAAGUACGGAAGCCCGUGUGUUUAUGACUUAAGAACAGGUGAAAAAGAGGCAUUGCCAGUAUAAUUUUUCUUAGUUCCUUAAUGUUGUUUUGCAUUAGUAAAACAGGUUGGAAAACAAAGUUCUGCAAGGGGAAAAUAAAGUUUUUGUCAAGAUAAUUUGUGUUUGUUGUUGUAAUACUCAUUUUGGCCACAAGAGGCUGAAGUGCACCACUUGUUCUAAAUACAAUUAAAAGCAUUGAUGUAUAAAGCAAGUUAUGUAACAUGACUGCCUUGUAUUAAGACAUGUAACUUGUGUUGAGAGUGCAAACUCACCUCGAAGUAAACAUGAAUGAUUUUACUCUCAUUUAGAACAUGGGCUCGUGGUGGACUUCAGUCUCUUGUGACUGAAACGAGUAUUACAACAACAAACACUUAAAGUAAAUAAAAUCAAUCUGCCAAAACUCUUUUUUCACCUGUUUCAAAGAUGAGAAAUAUAUUUUGUUAUUGAACUUAGAAAGAUUAUCCUGGCAAACCUUUUUUUUUUUGCCUGUCAUAAACACAGGAGAUAAAACUAUUUAGAUUUAUUUUUUCACUUGCCUCUCAGGGCUUCCGUCGACAAGCCAAUAUUUAACAGUUAUAUUAUGAAUAACAAUAUAUGGCAGAACACAUCAUAGAUGCUUCUUUAAGUAAUGUCAGUACGAGCUUUGACUGAUGAUGUACGACUGAGUGUGUUUGAAUGGAUGAAAACUAUCUAAACAAAAGCAUAAUGAAUUCAGGGAGGGAUGGAGAACUGUUUUUGACAUUUCUGUUGCUUUAUGUUUGUAUUUUUGUGUCCAUCAAAGAUCAUGUCUGUCUUGCUCAGGGUCCGGCCCCGGGGCUGAUGCACUGCCUCAUUGCUUCAUUGAUGAUAAAUCCCUAUUAGACAUUAGUGCUCCUGUGGCUCUAAUUUAUUGGAAAUAUUAUUGUUUGGUUUUUACGUACCGUAUGCCACAUGUUUAUCUUCCAUCAUAUACUGUAUAUUUGUUUUGUUUUUUGUACUAGCUUGUCUUGUUUAAGGCACCAUCCAUUAUACUAAGGGAGUUGUUUUUUUUAAACAGUAGAUGCAAUACUGAACCUGGGCAUAUUUCCCCUAUUACUCAUAUUCUGUAUGUUACCCAGAAAUCAUUAUACUCUAAAUCACAGAUGAUCGGCAAGCUUGGCAAAUGCACUACACAAUUUAUGUGGAAUUUUAAUUGUCUUUUCAUAACUGAAAUAAAGUCAGUCUAACAUUUCA